UCUCGCUUUUUUUUUUUUUUUUUCUUCAUCUCCGCACCAAGCACUUAACCUCAUUAGGGUGGAGGAGAAGGCGGCGGCUGUCUGGUCUGCUGCGGCAACUGUAGCGAAGACUACGGCUAAUGGACUGCUGAAUUAUGAAGUAUUCCAGACCCAAUAGUAGAACAUCACUCUGCCACUCACCCCUUUAUCUUCUACUGGUUAUUUAAAUUGGACUUUUAAUAUCCUACCAGCUGCUCUUCAGACACACAUGGUGCAUUGUUGCCAUUCCCCGGAUUGCAUCUUUGAAACACAGGCUCUUGGGAACCUUCGGCGAACAAAGAGGCAUCCUCCCGGGCACGUUUACUGGGAGGGUGUCACCCUGACUGCCCUCUAGCUUUGGCUGGAUCUGGAUUUGAAUUCCACCAUGGAGCCUCGCAUGGAGUCCUGCCUGGCGCAGGUGUUGCAGAAGGAUGUGGGGAAACGACUGCAGGUUGGCCAAGAACUUAUAGACUAUUUCUCAGAUAAACAGAAGUCUGCUGACCUUGAGCAUGACCAGACCAUGUUAGAUAAACUUGUGGAUGGACUUGCUACCUCUUGGGUGAACUCUAGCAAUUACAAGGUGGUUCUUCUGGGGAUGGACAUCCUGUCCGCGCUGGUCACCCGGCUACAGGAUCGGUUCAAGGCGCAGAUCGGCACAGUGCUGCCAAGUUUAAUAGACAGACUGGGAGAUGCUAAAGACUCCGUCAGGGAGCAAGACCAGGCGCUGCUGCUAAAGAUCAUGGAUCAAGCUGCUAACCCCCAGUACGUGUGGGACCGGAUGCUGGGAGGCUUCAAGCAUAAGAAUUUCCGGACUCGGGAAGGCACGUGUGUCUGCCUUAUUGCCACACUCAAUGCCUCUGGAGCGCAUACUUUAACACUAAGCAAGAUUGUGCCACAUAUAUGUAAUUUACUUGGAGAUCCAAACAGCCAGGUCCGAGAUGCAGCAAUAAACAGCUUAGUGGAGAUUUACAGACAUGUAGGAGAACGUGUGAGGGCAGAUCUCAGUAAAAAAGGAUUGCCACAGUCCCGAUUGAAUGUAAUUUUUACAAAAUUUGAUGAAGUCCAGAAAUCUGGAAACAUGAUACAAUCUGCAAAUGAUAAAAAUUUUGAUGAUGAAGAUUCUGUGGAUGGUAACAGACCUUCCUCUGCCAGUUCUACAUCAUCCAAAGCUCCAUCAGGCUCACGGAGAAAUGUUGGAAUGGGGACCACCCGCAGGCUCGGAUCCUCCACCCUUGGAUCCAAGCCUUCAGCUACAAAAGAAGGAGCUGGAGCAGUUGAUGAAGAGGAUUUUAUUAAAGCCUUUGAUGAUGUGCCUAUGGUGCAGAUUUACUCCAGCCGAGACCUUGAGGAAUCCAUAAACAAGAUCAGGGAAAUACUCUCUGAUGAUAAGCAUGACUGGGAGCAAAGAGUAUACGCUCUAAAAAAGAUUAGAUCUUUACUUUUGGCUGGUGCUGCUGAGUAUGAUAACUUCUUUCAACAUUUGCGACUUUUGGAUGCAGCCUUUAAACUAUCAGCUAAGGAUCUGCGGUCUCAGGUAGUGCGGGAGGCGUGUAUCACGUUGGGGCAUCUGUCAUCAGUUCUGGGGAAUAAGUUUGACCAUGGAGCUGAAGCCAUUAUGCCAACGAUCUUUAAUUUAAUUCCAAACAGUGCCAAAAUUAUGUCCACGUCUGGUGUGGUAGCUGUUAGGUUAAUCAUUCGGCACACACACAUCCCUAGGCUAAUACCUGUCAUAACAAGCAACUGUACCUCUAAAUCUGUUGCAGUUAGAAGACGCUGUUUUGAAUUUUUAGAAUUACUUUUACAAGAAUGGCAAACACAUUCCCUGGAACGACACAUAUCAGUAUUAGCCGAAACAAUAAAGAAGGGAAUACAUGAUGCCGAUUCCGAAGCAAGGAUAGAAGCCAGAAAGUGUUACUGGGGUUUCCACAGUCACUUCAGCAGAGAGGCAGAGCAUUUAUACCACAACUUGGAGUCCUCCUACCAGAAGGCUCUGCAGUCCCAUUUGAAGAACUCGGACAGCAUCGUGUCUUUGCCGCAAUCUGAUCGCUCGUCUUCUAGCUCUCAAGAGAGUCUGAAUCGGCCGCUCUCUGCCAAAAGAAGUUCUACUGGAAGUACCAACUCAAGAGCUUCUACAGUUAGUACCAAGUCCGCACCAACAACUGGGUCCCUCCAGCGGUCUCGAAGUGACAUUGACGUGAACGCAGCAGCCAACGCCAAAUCCAAAGUCUCCUCAGCUUCAGGCGCCACACCUUUCAGCUCGGCAGCGGCCUUGCCUCCAGGGUCAUAUGCAUCCUUAGAGUCCAGACACGUGAGGGAAGAUGUGGAGUCCGUAGGCCUUGACUCAGAUGGUACUGCCACUAAAGCGGAGGGUCGGAUCCGCACGAGAAGGCAAAAUUCUGGGAGUGCCACCAAUGUCGCCUCUAUACCUUCUGAUAAUCGAGGUCGCAGCCGCGCCAAAGUGGUUUCACAAUCCCAGCGAUCCAGAUCUGCUAAUCCUGCUGGUGCUGGCAGCCGGUCAAGUUCUCCAGGGAAAUUGUUGGGAAGUGGUUAUAGUGGCCUUGCUGGAGGUUCCUCAAGAGGCCCACCUGUGACAUCCUCUUCAGAAAAGCGAAGCAAGAUUCCCAGGAGUCAGGGAUGUAGCCGAGAAACAAGUCCAAACCGAAUAGGAUUAGCACGGAGCAGCCGUAUCCCUCGACCCAGCAUGAGUCAGGGGUGCAGCCGCGAUACCAGCCGUGAGAGCAGCCGAGAUACAAGCCCUGCUCGGGGCUUCCCUCCGCUCGCCUCUCGACGUCAUUCCAGGUCCACUAGUGCUCUCUCCACUGCUGAAUCUGUUGGGCAGUCAGACCGAUUUGGCCUUGGCCAGGCAGGAAGAAUACCUGGUUCUGUGAAUGCCAUGCGAGUUUUAAGCACGAGUACAGACCUUGAAGCUGCUGUUGCCGAUGCUUUGCUGUUAGGAGACUCCAGGAGCAAGAAGAAGCCUGUGAGGCGGAGAUACGAGCCAUAUGGGAUGUAUUCUGACGACGAUGCCAACAGUGACGCCUCGAGUGUUUGCUCGGAGCGCUCCUACGGUUCCAGGAAUGGUGGCAUUCCCCAUUAUCUGAGGCAGACCGAGGAUGUCGCAGAAGUUCUCAACCACUGUGCCAGUUCAAAUUGGUCAGAAAGGAAAGAGGGGCUUCUAGGGCUGCAGAACUUGCUGAAGAGCCAAAGAACACUGAGUCGAGUAGAAUUGAAAAGAUUGUGUGAGAUCUUCACACGAAUGUUUGCUGAUCCUCACAGCAAAAUUGCUGAUUCAGAACCAGAAUGUGAGGAUAAAGAAGGAAAUUUGUUUCCCACAGAAGGCUCUUGUACAAGAGUUUUCAGUAUGUUUUUGGAGACUCUUGUAGAUUUUAUAAUAAUUCAUAAAGAUGACUUGCAAGACUGGCUUUUUGUUCUUCUCACACAAUUACUUAAGAAAAUGGGAGCAGAUUUACUUGGAUCUGUGCAAGCAAAAGUUCAGAAGGCUCUAGAUGUCACAAGGGACUCCUUUCCAUUUGAUCAACAAUUUAACAUUUUGAUGAGAUUUAUUGUGGAUCAAACUCAGACUCCAAACCUCAAGGUCAAAGUUGCAAUCCUGAAGUACAUUGAAUCUCUCGCCAGACAGAUGGAUCCAACAGAUUUUGUAAAUUCUAGUGAGACCAGGCUUGCUGUUUCUAGAAUUAUAACCUGGACAACAGAACCAAAGAGUUCAGAUGUGAGAAAGGCAGCACAAAUUGUGCUGAUUUCUCUGUUUGAACUGAACACUCCUGAAUUUACCAUGUUACUUGGUGCCUUGCCAAAAACAUUCCAGGAUGGUGCCACCAAACUCCUGCAUAACCACCUCAAGAAUUCCAGUAACACCAGUGUGGGCUCUCCCAGCAAUACAAUCGGCCGGACUCCUUCCCGACACCCCAGCAGCAGGACCAGCCCCCUGACCUCACCCACCAACUGUUCCCACGGGGGCCUGUCUCCAAGUCGGUUAUGGGGUUGGAGUGCCGAUGGGCUAUCGAAGCACCCACCUCCCUUUUCUCAGCCCAACUCCAUUCCCACCGCUCCCUCUCACAAGACUCUCAGGCGCUCUUACUCUCCCAGCAUGCUGGACUAUGAUACAGAGAACCUGAACUCUGAAGAAAUCUAUAGUUCUUUGCGUGGAGUUACAGAAGCCAUUGAAAAGUUUAGUUUUCGAAGCCAAGAGGAUCUAAAUGAGCCAAUUAAACGAGAUGGCAAAAAGGACUGUGACAUUAAGAGUUACAAAGAGAAAAAAAUUAAAAUCAUCUAUGAAUUAUCUUCCAAGAGAAAACCCCAGGUGUCCCGGGAUGGCGGAGUCGCCUCCCCUGCCUCUGAGGGCCGGGGGGGCAGUGAUGUGGUGGAAGGAGGCAGGACGGCUCUGGACAACAAGACCUCCCUCCUCAACACGCAGCCUCCGCGGGCCUUCCCAGGGCCCCGCGUGCGAGACUACAAUCUGUAUCCCUACUCGGACACCAUCAACACCUACGACAAGACGGCCCUGAAGGAGGCCGUGUUUGACGAUGACAUGGAACAGCUACGAGAUGUGCCCAUUGACCAUUCUGACUUGGUGGCGGACCUCCUGAAAGAGCUGUCCAACCACAACGAGCGGGUGGAGGAGCGGAAAGGUGCCCUGCUGGAGCUGCUCAAGAUCACGCGGGAGGACAGCCUGGGCGUCUGGGAGGAGCACUUCAAGACCAUCCUGCUCUUGCUGCUGGAGACCCUCGGAGACAAAGAUCAUUCCAUCCGAGCACUGGCAUUGAGAGUUUUACGGGAAAUUCUGAGAAACCAGCCCGCAAGAUUUAAAAACUACGCCGAGCUGACGAUCAUGAAGACUCUGGAAGCCCACAAAGAUUGCCACAAGGAGGUGGUGAGAGCUGCCGAGGAGGCUGCGUCCACGCUGGCCAGUUCCAUCCACCCCGAGCAGUGCAUCAAAGUGCUCUGCCCCAUCAUCCAGACGGCCGACUACCCCAUCAACCUCGCUGCCAUCAAGAUGCAGACCAAGGUCGUCGAGAGGAUCGCCAGGGAGUCCCUGCUGCAGCUCCUUGCAGACAUCAUCCCCGGCUUGCUGCAGGGUUAUGACAACACUGAAAGUAGUGUGCGGAAGGCCAGCGUGUUUUGCUUAGUGGCAAUUUAUUCCGUAAUUGGAGAAGAGCUGAAACCUCACCUCGCACAGCUCACAGGGAGCAAGAUGAAGCUACUAAACUUAUAUAUAAAGAGGGCCCAGACCACGAACAGCAACAGCAGCUCCUCUUCGGAUGUCUCCACACACAGCUAAUGGCGACGCCGAGUCUGUUUUGCCCUAGAAGCAAUCGGGGUGCCUCUCAGAGACCCUCCCCUCCCCUUCAUCGGCUGCCCAGUCAGGGCAAGGAGGCCUGCAAAUAUUUAUUACAAUCAGUAUUUUGGUCCCUUCCAGCUUUUGUGUAGAAUCUUACUGGUAUUGAAUGUAAACAAAGCAAAGCAAAAGGAAUCAGAAAAGAAAAGAGCCAUACUUAAACAUGUCUUACACAGCCUGCUGAGAUCCUAAACCCAUGUGUGCGGGGUGCGGUUUUUAAAAAUCAGAGCUCUUUACCCAGUAGUUGUAGGAAGGAGCAUUUUCUCUUCAGUUAACAGAGUUGAGGAAGGAGCGUGUGUCAAUUUGUGUUUCUCUUUCAUCUUAGUUUACUUUCUUCUGGAUGUGGCCUGUGGGGGGCACCUCCCCACUUUCACAACUAACACCACGAAAGGGUUGUGCGUCUUUAAAUUGUAUUAUGAGACCUACUAAGAAGGUGCAUUAGAGUCUUGGCAAGAAACGGAGAAAAGCCUGAAGAUGGCUUUUUAACAAAACAAGUAGAAUUUUGCUUAUCAUUUCAAGACUGGAGGCUGACUGCCCUCACUGUGGUUUAGGAGGGCAGCCUCGUGGUCUUCUUCCAGGACAGGCUCCCAGCCCGCGGAACAAUGCCGUGAUGCUGUCGGCCCCCGCCCCAGAGCUUCCACUCCGAAGAACCCACAGAGUUUAUACCCAAACAAAAAAAUCGACGUAAAUGUAUUGCAUCAGUUGGUGAUGCCUAAAAUGGCAUUUCGUGACACAUAGAAGAUACGGGAAGUAGUUUGUUUUGCUACUAAGAUCUUUGGAAAACACUUCUCUCACAACCUGGUUUUUGGUGAUUCUGGCUGGGCGCCAUCUUUUUUCCUCUCCGCCAUCCUUUGCUUAAGCUGCUCAAUUUUAAAAGGUUUUCACUUGAUCUAGUAAGUGGCAACUCUACCAUCUGAGUUUUGACUUCUCUGUUUAAUUUGGGAUUAAGAUCGAAGAAAAGUCUAGAGAAACCAGGUAUCAGAAUUAUUAUUUUUUUUAAUUUAUGGACUGAAGUACUUCCUUGAUCAUCUGUUAAAAUAGUCAUUGUUUAAGGAAAAAGUGAUUAUGGUGAGUGGCAAAUUGCAGAAAAACAGGAUUUGAAACACAAUUUUAGAGUUUCCUUUUCUUCAAUUAAAAAUUACCAGAGAAACUGCCCCUUUUUACAAAGUUUCUGAGGGUUUGAAUGCUCCAAAGUAACCAUAGAAGUGUGGAGUGUGGUUAAAUAAGUGUUGAGUAAAAUUCCUAAAGCCAAAUGGAAAUUCUUAAUGCAAUCAUGAAAUUUGUCAUCUCCUAACUACUCUAAAUGGAAACUGAUUUUUUUCCCACAGGAAAAUGCCUGUUCUGAUGUUAACUGUUAAUGAGGUGUGUGCUGGCUCAGUGCAGAGUCCCUUCAGCCGGCCGCGCCGAGGAGCCGAGGUUGUGAGGUUCUCACCUCCGACCUCCACACCCCAGUCUGCUCACCCUCCAGCUUUGAUGUUGGGAGUUGGGAAAGACACUAUAGCAAAUGUAACUCAUUUUCAUUCAGAUUUUAUUUUACAUACUUUAUUUGGAGCUAGGCUUUGAAAAUGAAGGUCCAGGAACAGUGAAGCCAGGGUGCUUUCACUGUGUGUGCGUGCGUGUGUGUGCACGCGUGUAGGGGUGUCUCACAUAUGUAGGGAGUGAGUACCCCACUGCUGCUGUUGAGGGAACUUGAGUGGUGCGUUUUAAGUGGUUUAAUAUUAUUGGCUUAUUUUUGGCUCAAAAUAUACCAGGACCAGGCCUUACUCUCAUUGAUAAAUACUGUUUGUUAAUAUUUCACUAAUGGGAUUCUUUUUUAUACUCUACAAGUGAGUCAGCAGAGCAUCUGAUGACUGCUCCGUUGUAGAGACCUGUGUCUGGCUAGGUUAUGUAUGAGUUGUUAUAUGCCUCGUGUGUUUGGGUGGACCUUCUCCCUCAACUCUGUGACUCCCAGGUCACCAUGGCCCCCGCCUCCAGUGGGGAAGAAAUCUUGAACAUUGCCAGAUGUCCUCAUCGUCCUCACAAAGGGCUCGCCUUGAUGUCACUUGCCCAACCUUCGGUCUCCUGACUCAGAGAUACAGGCACUAACAGAUCUCUUGGCCUCAGUCCAACCGCUGCCCGCCUCCGAGGACACUCGCAUGCCGCCGCCACCUCACAGGGAGGGACGCCGGGCCCGCCGCCCUCGGCAUCCUGACAGCUGCAGCCGCCUGCCCGCUUCCCUGCAGGGCUUCUGUUCAGAUGACACAACAGAACUCAGAAGAACAAAGCACCCAGACUGAGUUUGCCGCCCCUGUUUACCUGACUUCCAGGACCCCCAGAGCCCACCUGAGUGUGCUCUGGCCCAGUGCCCGCACAGCCGUGGGGCUGACUGUCCCUCACUAGCUUCUCAGUGCCCUGUGCGGGCGGUGCAACAGAUUUUUGUCUCAUCUUUUUCUUUCCCUGCCGCCCUUAUUUAUCAAGCAUAAUACUACACAUUGAAGAACAGCAAAUAAGAACUUUGUAGAAUUCCACAGGACUUUGCUAACAGUGAUGUUUGAAAAUGAAGAAAGAAAUGCUCUGAAAAAUAUCAGCCACCAAAAUAGUUUUGUCAGCACUGUGUUCACACGCAUGGUCCCCACACCCCUAGGUUGGGUUUUUGUUUUUUGUUUUGUUUUGGUUUUUGUUUUUGUUUUUUGUUUUUUUCUUUUUUGGCUUUUUCAUGUUACAUCCAUAUCUGUAUUUAUAUCUUAUUUGUUUCACUUUCAAGUGUAUCAUGGCAAAUGUACAGAUUUUUUUUUGUCGUUGUUAAUAAUGUGCUAGGAUUUGCUAAAAAAGAAAACAAAAAAAACCCUUUUGAGUUUGCCCUAGAAUAAACGAAACUUAAUUCAGU